AUGGAUCUUGCGAGGAGUGUCGAAACUAUUGAGUCGAUCUGCAUCCUCUUCAAGGCCGGCGUCGACCCAAACGCAAACAAGGAUAGCGUCUCUGCGCCGCCCUGCUUGUCGAUCCGCGACAAUGGCAGCGACAUCGUCCAGCAGCUACGCACGGCACAGGCUGCACCCUCCCUGCUGACGGCCGCUAUCCGCAAUAACCGGGUCGAGUUCGUCGAGCUGCUGCUCACGGCCGCGGGGGCGAACCCUAACGUCGGCGGCCAGCACUGGCCUGUUGCGUGGCGGGAAUCGACAGCCGGACCCUCGCUCACUGUCAGCAUCGCCAUCGCAGAUGAGCAACCGGCGUCCGAGUCGUCCAUCAUCAUGACCGUCUCCCUCUCCGAGACUGCUCGCGAACGGGAGACUUUCCGCUACGGCUCUUGCCUCAUUCAGGACACCAUUCCCAACCCGACCGAUGGUCCUCUACCGGCCUCGGCCCUGCGCUCGUCGUCCGAUUCCGCUCUCACCGCCUUCGCCCAGCUCGCUGUCCUUCGACUGCGUGCAUCGCGCGCCCUCGUCUCUCUUUUCGACAGCAAUCUCCAGUAUGUCGUCGCCGAAGCGACGCCCGGCCUGUCCCUCGAACCCGCCGUCUGUGCCGGGCAGUGCCCUCUUUGGCUGUCGGGCACCGCCAUCCCGAGGACGUUUGGAACGUGCGAGCAUGUCCUGACGGCGACGCCGCAACGCGGACAGGACGGCCGCGACGGCCUAUUGCCGCUGUCGGUCGUUUGCGACCUCGCUGCCGACCGACGCUUUGCCGACCGCCCCUUCAUCAAGCACGACUGGCCUCGCUGUCGCUUUUACGCCGGCGUGCCCAUUCGAACCCGCCACGGCGUCAACAUUGGCGUGCUCUCCGUCUUUGACCAGGAGCCACGCGCCGCUUUCUCUCCCGACGACGGCCGCUUCAUGCGCGAGCUCUCCAGCACCAUCAUGCAACAUCUCGAAGGCAGGCGGGUUGGGAAGUCGCACAGCCGCACGGAGCGCAUGGUUCGCGGCAUCGGCGACUUCGUCGACGGGUCCACGACCCUGACAAGGAACAGGCUCGACCACGCCCAUGCGAGGGAGAAUGCGCAGCCGGCCGCGCCUUCGCCGCCCGAGUCCGUGAACGCGCCAGCCUCGCGAGCGACCAAGCCAUCCGUUCGACCGCCAACCCCUGAUUCCUCGGAUGACUCUUCCGACGCGCGCCCGGACGACCACGUGGCGACGGAAAUGAGAGGCAUCUUCACCAAGGCAGCAAACGCCAUGCGCGACUCCGUCCAGGUCGAUGGCGUCAUCUUCCUCGACGCAACCAUCACCACUUUUGGUGGCAAGACGACCGACGCGAGCAACGCGAGCAGCUCGUCCUCCGCCAGCAGCGACGACACCGCCGCGCAAAUCCCUUCUGCCGGCAACCAUGACGGAACCCCCGAGCCCUACGCCCCCGUCCUCGGCUUCUCCGGCCCAUCCCUUCCCACCGUUCAAGGCGAUCCGGCGUCCAACGCGCCGCCGAAGCUGCCGGAAAGCUUCCUACGGAAGCUGCUCCGCCGCUAUCCCAAGGGCAACAUCUUCAACUUCAACGACAGUGGCGCCGUCCAGUCCAGCGACUUGUCGAGCGAAGAAGCUUCGGCCGAUCAUGCCGCCUCGGCACACCACCGCACCGAUCCCCUUCGCGCAAAGCUCGUCGGGAGACAGACGCGCAUGAAGCAGGGCGAGCAGGCCAUGCUCAUGCAGCUGCUGCCGGAAGCUCGCUGCAUCGCCUUUGCGCCCGUCUGGGACCCCCAGGCGAUGCGCUGGUCCGCCGCUGCCUUUGCGUACACGAAAGCCAACACGCGCGUCUUCAGCAGCAAGGGCGAGCUGAGCUACCUCGUCGCCUUCGGUGCCGUCGUCAUGUCCGAGGUCUCCCGGCUCAAGUCCAUGCUUGCCGACAAGUCCAAGAUGGAUAUGCUCAGCUCUCUCUCGCACGAGUUGCGCUCACCCCUGCACGGCGUCGUCCUCGGCGUCGAGAUGCUGCACGACUCGGCCCUCGACGGCUUCCAACGAGACGUCCUGAACACGGUCGAGACGUGUGGCCGCACCCUGCUGGACACGGUCGACCAUCUCCUUCACUGGACCAAGAUCAACAACUUCAUGGUCAAACCCGAGCCGAGACAUGGCCGCAGCCCCCUCCACGACGGCGAGCGCGGCCUUCGAGCGGAACGGAUGGCCUCCAAGACGAUCGAGGCAGGCAUGAUGAGCAUCGCCUCCGUCGUCGCCGUCGACGCCCUGGCCGAGGAGGUCGUCGAGAGCGUCUUCGCCGGACACACCUAUCAGAGGCUCAUCGUCGCCCACGUCGCCAAUGCGCUGCCCGGCCAGGGCGACCGAGCUUCCCUGCGCCGCCUCGACCGCAUACACGUGGCCAUGGAUAGCCCCGAGGCGGACCUGCAACCGUUGCGAAGUGCAUCUGCAUCCGGCGAUGUUGUCGUUAGCCUAGACGUCGAACCCGACUCGGACUGGCGAUUCUACACCCAGGCGGGCGCCUUGCGUCGCAUCAUCAUGAAUCUCCUGGGAAAUUCGCUCAAAUAUACGACCAAAGGCUUCAUCGGCGUGAGCCUUCGCCAGCGCCCGAGUCCAUCGAAUUCUGGCCGCACGCGGGCCCGUCGCGACCGCAAGGUCAUCGUCAUCACCGUUUCCGACUCGGGCAUCGGCAUCGGCGAGGACUACCUCAGGAACCAUCUCUUCGCCCCUUUUUCGCAGGAGAACAGGCUUAGCCCCGGUGUCGGCCUUGGCUUGAGCCUCGUCAAAAAGAUCGUCUCGACACUGGGUGGACGAAUCAAGGUGCAGAGCAGCGUGAAUGUCGGCACCACCAUCACCGUCGACCUACCCCUGGAAGUGCCAUCUGCAAGCCCGCGAGCCGCUUCGCUCCCAGUGGACCGAGGCGAAGCGUUCCCAGACAGUUUUGAGAAGCAUGUCAGGCUCCUCCGGGGCCUUCGCAUCCGCCUCGUCGGCUUCUCCCAGGACAGGCCGGUGGUGAGACAGGGAGCCGGAACCGCUAGCUUCGGCAACCACAUCAGCAGCGAAAAGGCGGCAUUGUCGGCCAUCUGUCAAGGCUGGCUCCACAUGAAGGUAUUGGACGACGUCGAGGACGCAGCGGUGACACCGGAUCUGGUGAUUUGCAGCGAUACCCAUCUACAACUCGUCUCGCGGAAGGGGACGGAUACGCCGGCGCCAGGGCCCAUUGUCGUCAUAUGUCACAACGUAGCCGUUGCGCGGGGCAUGGAAUCGAAACACAGGGAUUCGAACGGACUGCAUCCCUCGACUUCUGUCGAGUUCAGCGCCCAGCCAAUUGGCCCCCGAAAGCUCGCCAGGGUGUUGACAUUCAGCCUCGAGAGACGGAGAGGAAUGGCCAACCCGAGCGUACCUGCGGACCUCACACCGCCGGAGGGGUUGAACGUUGACUUGCUGUCGUCCACGCAACUGCAGAGUAGCGACGACGGUCCGGGGGCCGCCCAACGACCAGCAGGCUUGACAUCCGCCAACAGCAUAGCCUAUCCUAUCAAUCGCGGCGCCCUUGAUGGUUCUCUGCCGGAUUGGUUCCUUCUCGUUGACGACAAUCCGAUCAACCUCCGGAUCUUGUCAUCGUGCAUGAAGAAGUUGGGGCAAUCGCACGACGUGGCCAGCGAUGGCAAGGAAGCAGUCGACGCCUUUCGAAAGAAAACUGGUGCUUAUAAGUGCAUCUUCAUGGACAUUUCGAUGCCCGUCAUGAACGGCUUCGAGGCGACUUGCCUCAUUCGACAGCACGAGAAGGAGACGCAGCUCCCGGCGUGCGCCAUCUUUGCCCUUACAGGAUUGGCUUCGGCAAGCGCGCAGAAGGAAGCAUUCGCUUGCGGCAUAGACUUAUUCCUGACCAAGCCAGUGAAGCUCAAGGAGCUGAGUCAGAUUUUGAGCAGCAAAGGCUUGAUCUAG